UGUAGUUCUGUGGUUACGACAAAGUCUGAAAUGACAUUUCUUCAUAAUAUCAAACAUUUUCCAUAUUUAUAUCAAAGUCUUACUUUUAAUAGGAAUUUCUUUUGUACAAUUAAACAAUUCAGCAGCCACAAGCAAAGGAAAAAUUAUGCAAUCUUACCCCGUGCCGAUCUUGUUUCCCAAUUCAAACAGAAAGUGCAUGAGGACGAAACACAUCUCUGCCCGUCUGAGUGGAAGAAGCUCAGGGAUGAACUCGUUGCCAAUGUUAGGAAUAUUCACUUACAGAACAUCGAUGCACUUAUCCUGGGUCAAUGCAAUGAUACUAAAGACCUUCCAAUCGCCAAAAACUAUAUUCAGUUUCUUGAAAGUGAAGGAAUACAACCAAACAAUGCCAGUCUAGGGAAGUUACUUAAAACCUACUACUUGGCAGGAAAAGACAGUAAGUUAUCUCAAUCAGAUGAGUUGGAAAUUAUGAAAAUAUACAACAAAAUUCGCGCUGAUAGAGAUGCUUUAGAUGCAGGCACAUGUGAAAAUCUAAUUCAUGGCCUUUUGGCGACCUCUCACUGGAAGGAUUGUGUAGAUAUUUUAAAAAUAAUACAAUUAUCAACAUCACCUUCUAUAGGAACAUAUUGUGCAGUUAUUAGUAAGGCUUUCGCGUCCGGUCAAGAGCAUCUAGGAUGGACAUACCUUGAGGAAAUGAUGGAAUCUAAUAAGCAGCCCACAUGUGAGGUUUAUAUAUCUUAUAUUGAUUAUGCCUCCAUGGACCCUCUGACAUUUGUUGAAAACAUGGAUAAAAUGUUCGAAUUUGUUGGUAAACAUGAAAUCCUAGUUAGUGAGGCUGUGAUAGAAAAAUUAAAGAGUUGCCUAGAAAGACUCGGACAUGGAAAUUACUUCGCCAACUUGAAUUCCAAUGGCAAAUGCUCAAAUUGCAAAUCUCACAUGAGAAACAUUUCAAUAAGUGACGAUGAGUUUAAAACUUUAAGUACAUCAUUUUGGGAAAGAGUUCUUAUACGAAAAGAUGUCUUCCAGAAAUCCACACCAAAAGAAGUUGAGGACUUCACUAAAUUCAUAGAAAAGACAGGUCCUUAUGACUGUGUUAUUGAUGGCCUGAAUGUCGCUUAUUCGUGUGGAGCUAAAAAGCCUCCGAAAGUGUAUGUCAACUUACUAUCUUUAGUAGUUAAAUACUUUAAGAGACAAGGAAAACAUGUUUUAGUGUUAGGAAGGAAGCACAUGAAUAACUGGCCUAAGGAGGGAAUGAGCUAUGUCAAGAGAAAUGCCUGCAUGUUUCUAACGAACGAUUUAUCUCAUGACGAUCCCUUUCUUUUGUAUGCCGCAAUCAAAAGUGGCCAAACAACGGACUUUUUUUCUAGGGAUUUGAUGAGAUCGCACGCCUUUCUAUUGGGUCCUGAAUUAAAACACAUUUUCAAACGAUGGCAACAAGAGCAUCAAUAUUCACUACUUACGGUCUCCGAAAAAGGAAUUGUUGUUAAGGAACCAACGCGCUACUUUAAAUUCGCUCAAAAAGUUAACAACACUUGGCAUUUACCGUACAAAGCUGUUUACUCACCAAAUCCUCCAGAACUUUUGGAGGUACCUGAGAAUUGGAUUUGUAUAAAAUGGAAUAAAUAAAUUGUUAUUAUAAUUAUUGUUUUA